AUGCAUAGUUCAACCAAUUCUAAACUUGAUAAACAUGAUCAUCAUGAAUACGAUCGAGUGUCAACUAUUGAAAAUUCAUUAAAUUUAAUCGACGACACUCCGGUUACAAAUGGAAAUACGAAUGAUUUACAUGACAACACAUUCGACAAUCACAUUCCAAAUAACUGUUUACCCAAAGUAGAACAAGAAGAUUUUUCAGCAUCAAAUGUAACUCAGGAUUAUAAUAUCGAAAUUCCUGAUCGAAUAGAGAGAGAAAUUCAAAACGAAUUUGAAAUAUUGGAAAAACGAUUAAAAAUAGAAGAAUUAGGAACCAAAGAAAUUCAACAUUUAGUAGACGUAAGCUUCAUCAAUGUUAAACGUGAAAGUUGGAAAUCUGCUUUAGUUCCAUUAAAACAACUUUUAAAACAGAUAAAUUCAUUGAAUAUGCAAGAAAUGUUUCGACUCGUUGAGAAAGUCAACGAUGCAGCACAGUUAAUAAAGAAUAAAAAUAUUAUCCUGUUUUUGGGAGGAACUGGAUCAGGUAAAUCAACUAUCAUUCAUUUUUUUGGAGGAUCUAAAAUGGCUGAACAAGAGAUAAAUGGAUUGAAUCAUAUUGCUCCUGUUGAGAUAACAAACUCAGAUCUAAAAAAUGUAACAACGUCACCGUUUGCUAGAUCUGAAACUCGAUAUAUUACACCUGUUACAGUUAACAUAGAAGAUGUUGGAGGAAAUCAUAGUGAUAGUAUUAUUUUAUGUGAUACUCCAGGAUUUGACGAUACCAGUGGAGUAGAAGUAGAUAUUGCAAACGGAAUAGGUAUUGUUAAAGCAAUUAAAGGAUGUAAACGUGUAAAACCAGUUGUGUUAAUUAGUUAUAAAAGCAUUGGUGAUCGAUUAGAAGGUCUGAAAAAUCUUGCACAUAUAUUGGGGAGAUUAAUUCCAGGGAUACGAGAUCAAAUGAAUGCUUUCUCUUAUAUAUUCACAAAAUAUCCACAGGAUCAAAGAAAUAAAAUAAAUCCAUCAUUAUGUGAUGUCAAAAAAAACAUGAACAAUGAAGAAAAAUCGGAUAGUAGUUUCAUAAAUUUUGUUCAUGAUAUGGUAAACAAAACAAAAAGAGGUGCACUAGUGAUAGAUCCAAUUAAUGAUGCUCCUGGACAGUUUCUUGAUGAUCUCGUAGAAUCUAGUUUUAUUCAGUAUCCUGAAGAAGUUUUUCAAUUUUUUAUCUCACAAAAAUCAAAAUCGAUUUUACAAGAACAAGUUAGAAAACAUCAACUUAGUAUUAUAUCUGCAACUAAGCGUUCUGAAUAUUCAUUCAUAAAAUAUAAACUUGAUCAAUUAAAACAUUUAAACGAACUACUGGAUCAAGAUUAUAUCGAACAAAUUUACAAAGAUUGUGUUCAAUAUAUUAGUAGACAUCUAUCUGAAGAGUAUGAAGAAGGUAUUUCGACAUUAAAUCGUUGUUUAAUGUAUCAAAUAGUUUUGAAUAAUGAAGAUAUUAAACAAUAUCAAAUACGUAUCGAUCAUGCUAAACUUGCAGAAGAAGUAAUAGGUGAACAUUUAGGCAAGGAAGUCAUUCAUAGUAGUGCAUUUAUUCAAUAUAUGGAUAAACAAGUAGAUAUUAUGCUAGAGGAUCUACAAGAAAAAGAUAUUAAUGAUUCAUCAGUAAAAAUUACUUUGGAUAAAAUAAAACUACUUUCAAAAUAUUUUCCAGUUAUUCAUUAUAAAUAUAAAAAUGUUUGCCAAGUUUUAUCUAGAAAAUUCGAAAACGUAGUUGACUUCUUCAAAAGUUCAGUAUUGUCUAAUAAUUUUGAUAAUAGUGCCAAUGAAAUAACGAAAGUAUAUGAAGCUUUAACCGUUUUACAAGAUCAUUUAGAUAACCAAAAUAUGGAAACUAAAUAUAUACAAUUGAAAGAAUAUUUUCUUAAAUAUUUAAAGGAUUCUGUAGAAAAACUGAAUGAUAUUAUUAAUCAAGAAAAACUAGACGAAAGCGAUGUCGAAAGAAUAAAUAGCUGUGUAUCUAUGUUAGAAUCUGUUAAUAAUACAUAUACUCUUCGAUCACAUAUCUCAAAAGAAGCUGUUAGUGAAGUUCAUGAAAAUUUUUUAUCGAAAAUUUUGAAACAUUUUGAAGAUACUAUUGAAAAAAUAAAAACACAAAUGCAGAAAGAAAAUUCAUUUCACACAUUAGAACAAUUAGUAAAAGAAAUGGAUUUGAUACGAACAAUUUCUGUAAUUAAAUCUAAAACUAAUCCAUCUUAUUAUAGUAUAUUAGAAAGAUUAAUUGGAUAUGUACAAGAAGCAAGAAGAGAUAUUGAAGAAAUAUUAAAAACAUUAUUUCAAAGAGAAGGAAAAAUUAACUAUAAUAAGCUUCCAAAAUGUCUAUCUAAUCUAAAAGAUGCGAAAUGGAUCGAAGCAUAUAGACCGGGUGUGUAUGUAGAUGUAAUACAUGAUGUUGAAGAACAGAUUAUUCAGUACGUAGAAGAAUUACAUAAAUCUAUUUUGGAUGUAAAUUUAGAUCUCGACAAUUUUGAUAAAAUUGAAUAUAUAUAUAAAAAAAUAUUAGAAAUCAAUGAGAUCAAACGUGUUCAAGGAGUUAUUGAGAAUGUUAGGCAGUAUAUAGAUGAAGUUAAUGCUUGGUUUGAAGGAGCAACAAAUAAUGUAUUCAGUAUAAUUAAAAAUACGUUUAUUUCAAAAAAAUGGACGGAAAAAGAAUAUCAAACUUUAGAUUUCGAUAAAGCGGAAAAGGCAUUCUGUUAUUUAAAUGCUUGUAAAACAAUACGUAUAUUAUUUAAAAGUCAAUGUACAUCAAUAUUUAACGAUUUAGUAAACGUUAUAAAAGAAUAUAGUAAAUUUAUUCACGAAGACAACGAAAAGUGUUUUGAAAGUAUUAAAGACUAUCAAUGUCAAGAUAAUAAAGUAUUGUUUAAUAAAGCUCGAAUAUUUUUAAAUAAUUUACGAGAAAUAUCUGAAAUAAAGAUGAAAUAUCCUCACGUUUUUUCUUGUUUCGCAAAUGUAAAAAUAAUUGAAUAUUGGCAAAAUGAAUUAGCUAAUUAUUUACAUGACUUAUCAGAUGAAAUGGCAGAAUUAAAGCGAAAACAACAAACUGAAGCUUUAAGUAUUAAACUAUCAAUUGUAAAAGCAUUAAGUAAAUUAGAUAGUUUUUCAUUAGAUGAAAAAUAUAAUGAUCUUCAUCAAAAAUAUCAAGAUGUAUUUUUAUCACAGACAACUGAUGCUUGUAGACAAGUCAUGGAUGCUAUUAAAAAUGGUGAUUAUGAACGCGUAGCUUUGGAAAUGUCGGCAUUACAAGCAGCCAAUGGAGUUGAAGGAAAUUUUCUUAAACAAGCUAAACGAGAACUUAGGAAAAGUGUAGAGCACCUGUUGAAUAAAACUAAGGAUGAAGCUAUGCGUGGCGAAAGUAUUCAAAUAGAAGGAAUUAAAUCUGUAGUAGAAAAUUUAAAACAAAUAGAAUGUGCAAAAAGGUUUAUACACGAAUAUCUUAGUACACCAGAUGAAAUCGGUGAAUGUAUAUUAGAAGUUAAAAAAAUAAUUGGAGAUUGGAUAAAACGUUUUAUAGACAAUAUAAAAGCUCUUAUUACUAUUUAUAAUUUUUCUGAAGCAAAUCAAAAAAUGGAUUCAUUAUUAUCGAUGCAUAUGCUGUUAAAAAAAUGUUCUCCAGACGAUGUUUCUAGUCAGAUCGAAGCAGUAAAACAGUUUGAAAAGGAUGUUGUAUUGAAUAUAGUUGAUAAAUAUUCCAAAAUAGAUAUUAGUGGAUUUAUGUUAAAUCCACCAAAAGAUAUUUUCGAAAAACUCGACAUAGUAAAAGAUAUAAAGCCGAUAUUUAAAGAAGCUUUAAAUACUAUAAGCGAUACGAUUCUAACGAAAUUUCGAGAUGAAUUUAAAAAGACUCAAACAAAAAUGAUGUUAGAUCCGGAAAAUAUUCGCGUGAAAAAAAUCGAAUCAACAUUUGUUUAUUUACCAAAAACGAUGAAAGAAACUCUUGAAACAGAACUAAAUUAUUUAAAAGAUGAUAUUACUUUACUUAUUCAAGAUCAUAAUCAAAAAUUAGAUGAUGUAUUUGAUACUGGAAAUCUAACACAUAUUAAAGAUAUUCUUGAAGAAUAUCAAAAUUCAGAAGGUAUGCAAUCUUUUGUAAACAAAGGUCGAGUACUUGCUUCAAACCAGGUACAAGAUAUGGUCAUAAAAAUAAAUGAAGAUUGUAGAAAAAAUAAUAUAAGAGAAGCAUUAAUUAACGCCAAAAAAUUGUAUGAUUACAAAAAAGAAUUAGAGAAUAUUUUUAGUGAAAUUAAACAACCAUAUUUCGAAAUAGAAAUUCUAAUAAAAACUACAUGUCAAAAUGCAUACUUAUCAUUUAUAAAUCAAUUUAAAAAUAUCAAUAUAUCCGUCACUACCAAUGAGAUAACUGAAAAUAUGGAGAAAACUUUUAUGUGUUUAAUGGAAUUUAUGAAAGGACGGGGGCGCAUAAGACCGUAAUUUGGCCCAUUGGACUUUUCAUACUAUAUCCAGCACAAUCAUAUAUAGGAUGAAAGAGCUUCAACUGGCGAGUACUUUCCAAUACAUUUGACGACUUCCUACCCUAUGAUUACGAAUGAUCUUAUUACGAAUAUAUAGUAAUUACAUGACAACCUU